CAACAGUGUGGGUUCUCAGCUCAUUCAACCCAACAUCCUUAACGAUCGCGCCCAUGGGAGAUGACAGCGAUGAUUCGAGUCAGCCCAAAACAUCAUUUUCUCCAGAAUAUAUAAUGGAAUUCCAAUGGAAGCGAAGGGCAAGGUUUUACAAAAUCAAAUGGAGAGACUCCACGGAGCCCGAUUUUACGUGGGAAGACGCAGAGGAUAUAGAGCCCUUGUAUCCAUCACUAGUAGAAAAUUUCUGGGCUCAAAUCGAUACGCGCCGAGGAUUGAGUCCAAAUUCCAGUGCUUCGGAACAGUCAGCCGCGUCAUCGACUGAUGGAAGCAGUAGCGAAUACGACAGUGCUAAAGACGAAGACUUCAAAGCACCCACUGAAUCAUCCUCUGAGGAUGAAUCGUUCUCAGCGGAUUGGAAAACUGUGCGAUCUGUGGAAGGUAUGGAUAAGACGCUUGAUGGCCACGUUCGAGUCUACAUACGAUGGUACGAUGGGCGAAAAACAAUUCAUCCUUUGUCGGUCAUCAAGCGAAAAUGCGCUGAACAGCUACUAGCUUUUUACGAACGUCAUCUGCAAAUCCAAGGCAUCACUUUACCAGACUGAAAAUUCAUUGAAAACUUUGCUCUGCCAUUAUACCUUUAUUUUUCCCGAACGACUUUUUUUUUUUUUUUAAUGUUACUUGU